UCUGUCGAGAUCUUUUAUAUGCCGAGAACCUUCUCCUCCUCCAACGUCCUCCAUUUUGGUGUCUGCUGCCUUGUUGCGCCUUGUCCUCCAGGGGGCUAGUAGUGAGGGCCGAAGGAGGAGAGGCGGGGAAAGGGAGGAGGAGAAGCCAAGAAGGGGAAAGUUGUGGAGGCGGAGAUCAUAAAGCAGAGCUUGGCCAAAAAGGAAAGGAAAGGAGAGAGAAAGGUGUCUGAGGAGGAGGAGGAGGGCCUAGCUCCUUCCAGCAGAGAGAGAGAGAGAGAGAGAGAGAGAGGGGGGGGGACUCUGCCUGAGGAGCCUCGGAGGAAGGAGGAGGGGAAGGGAACUUUCCUGGGCUGACCCAGGUCCAGCCACGCAGCAUCCCCACGUGCAGAGAGAGAGACACGCAAGGACUUCCAAGAGGAGCCCCCCUCCAGUGCCAAGGACUUGACUGGACAACGGCUUCGUCGUUUGUGGUUCCUGUGGAGGAGGAGCCUUGCCUUUAUUGGCUUUGUUUUCCUUCUCCUCCGCAAAGGGCUCCCAAAAAGAGAAGGAAGGAAGGAAGUUGGGCUCCUUGGAAGAAACUGCCAUGGUCUCUAACCGACAAGACUGAGGGGCGGAGAUAUAUAGAUAUAGAUAUAUAUAGAUAUAUUGGGGUGCCCAGAAAAUAUUUUGGGGGAGAACUGUUUUUGGGGGAGACCACUUCGUGGGACCCCGUCCCCUGGGAGGCUUCGUGUUUUGGCUUGGCUUCUACUGCCCCCCUCCCUCCCUUGGCUCCCAGGAAGAGACAAAAUGGCGGUGCUGGGGAAGUUGGGGUCCUCCUGCCCUGCCUUUGGAGGUGGCUUUCGGACUCUGCUGCUGCUGGGGCUCCUGGGCUGCUUGCUCCUCUUUGGCCUGGGCUCCUGCCUGGAAGAGGAGCAGGAGGAGGAGGGAGGGCGCCCCUGCCCCUGGGACUGCGCCUGCAGCGGGGGGCUCCUGGACUGCAGCGACCGGGGCUUGGAGCAGCUUCCCCUGGAGAUGCCCACCUGGGCGGUUUACCUGAACCUGAGCCACAAUAAGUUGACAGAGAUUGAUUCUUCUGCAUUUGCAAAGCUGCCAAAUCUACGGGAAGUGAGACUGCAUAACAAUGAACUGACAGCCAUUCCUUCCCUGGGAGCAGCUUCUGGCUACAUAACUUCCCUAUACCUGAAUCGCAACAAGAUCCAUAGCAUUGAAACAAGCCAGCUGGAGCCUUAUGUUGCCCUGGAAACAUUGGACCUGAGCGCAAAUAACAUCACAGAAAUCCGAAGUGGCUGUUUCCCAGUGGGGCUUCAUAUAAAGGAACUCUAUCUGGGGAGCAACAGAAUCAGCAUCUUAGAAACGAAGGCUUUUGAUAGCCUGUCGGGAUCCCUGCUAACACUUCGCCUGAGUAAAAACAGGAUCACGCAGAUUCCUAUUAAAGGAUUCAAACUGCCCAAGCUAAUGCAACUGGAACUAAACCGAAAUCGUAUUCGUCAGAUAGAUGGCCUGACAUUCCAAGGGCUGGAGAGUUUAGAAGUUCUGAAGCUGCAGCGUAACAACAUCAGCAAGCUGACUGAUGGAGCUUUCUGGGGUCUAGCCAAAAUGCAAGUUCUCCAUCUGGAGUACAACGCUCUGACAGAGGUGAACAGUGGCUCCCUGUAUGGUCUUGCGUCUCUUCAGCAGAUUCAUCUCAAUAACAACUUGAUAUCACACAUCAGCCCUGCUGGAUGGAGCUUCUGUCAGAAGCUGGCUGAACUAUCAUUGUCAUUUAACAACCUAACCAGACUGGAUGAAGGGAGCUUAGCUGACCUGGGUGGACUGCAGAUACUCCAGCUCAGCCACAACUUCAUCAGCCAUAUCGCAGAGGGAGCGUUCAAGGGACUCAAAAGCUUACGUGUUCUGGAUCUGGACCAUAAUGAGAUUUCAGGCACAAUAGAAGACACCAGUGGGGCUUUUACAGGCCUGGAAAACUUAAGUAUGCUAACUCUGUUUGGAAACAAGAUCAAAUCUGUAGCCAAGGAGGCAUUCUCAGGCUUGGAGGCCCUGGAACACCUGAACCUUGGAGAAAAUGACAUAAGGUCUGUUCAAGAGGAUGCAUUUGCCAAUCUGAAGAACUUGAAGGAACUCCACAUAAAUAGUGAGAGUUUCCUCUGUGAUUGUCAGCUCAAAUGGUUGCCUCAGUGGUUAACCAAGAAGGAACUGCGACCAUUUGUGGAAGCUACCUGUGCCCAUCCAGAGUCAUUAAAGGGCAAAAGCAUUUUCGAUGUGGUGCCAGAAAGCUUUGUGUGCGAGGAUUUUCCAAAGCCGAAGAUCAUUGUGGAACCAGAAACUACAAUGGCUGUCCUUGGCAAGGACAUUCGCUUCACCUGUUCAGCUGCUAGUAGCAGCAGUUCCCCCAUGACCUUUGCCUGGAAGAAAGACAAUGAAAUUCUGCACCAUGCUGAGAUGGAGAACUUUGCUCACGUUCGGGCCAGUGAUGGUGUGGUAAUAGAGUACACCACCAUCCUUCACCUGCGCCACGUCACUUUCUCCCAUGAGGGCCGCUACCAGUGCAUCAUUACCAACCAUUUUGGUUCCACCUAUUCUCACAAAGCUCAUCUUACUGUCAAUGUGUUGCCCUCCUUCCUGAAAACUCCCCAUGACAUUGCAGCCCGGACGGGAACGACAGCCCGGCUUGAGUGUGCUGCUGGUGGUCACCCCAUUCCACAAAUUGCUUGGCAGAAAGAUGGAGGUACUGACUUCCCUGCAGCUCGUGAACGCCGGAUGCACGUCAUGCCUGAUGAUGAUGUCUUCUUUAUCACAGAUGUCAAGAUAGAAGACAUGGGCAUUUACAGCUGCACGGCUCAGAAUUCUGCUGGUUCUGUGUCAGCAAAUGCUACUUUAACAGUGCUAGAGACUCCAAGCUUAAUUCACCCACUGGAAGAUCGUGUUGUAUCUGUUGGGGAAACUGUGGUUCUGCAGUGCAAAGCAACAGGAAGCCCACCUCCACGCAUCAACUGGCUGAAGGGUGACCACUCUCUAAUGGUCACUGACAGGCAUCACUUUACUCCAGGCAACCAGCUGCUUAUUGUCCGGAAUGUUGUAUUGGAAGAUGCUGGGAAAUACACUUGUGAAAUCUCAAACACUGUUGGGACAGAACGGGCCCAUAGCCAAGUUAGUGUUCUGCCUUCACUUGCCUGUCGAAAGGAUGGAACCACAGUUGGGAUCAUCAUUAUCGCUGUAGUAUGUAGCAUCGUGUUGACCUCUUUGGUUUGGGUGUGUAUAAUUUAUCAAACGAGAAAGAAGAGUGAAGAAUACAGUGUCACAAACACAGAUGAGACCAUCGUACCACCAGAUGUGCCAAGCUAUCUGUCCUCUCAAGGAACACUGUCAGAACGACAAGAAGCGGUGGUCAGAGUGGAAAGUGGCCAACAGCCCAAUGGGCACCUACAGAGUAAUGGAGUUUGCCAGACUGAUAGAGGGAGGGAUCCAGAGGCUGAUGCUCAUCCUGUUGUUUACCGGCAGCCAAAGCUAUGCUUAGGAUAUAAUAAAGAGUCUUGGAAAGGAGAAGAUCUAGCUGACAGGAUGCGUGUUCCAGAUAGAACUGGCUACAGCUUACCAGCUGUCUACACAAAUUGCAGCGGGAGCACAGACAGCAUGAGCGUCACCAUUUUCCCCAAGGACCUGGAUUAUUACCCUCUGCCUGCAGAACCAGUGCCUCUAAAUGCUUCCAGUAGCAAAGAGUCCAGCAGGUGUGAUAGUAUACCUGUGGCUAAUUGUCAAAGUCCUGCAAAGUGUAACAUGACUACAACUACCAGGAACUCCUACAUUGGUGAUAGCAUGUAUCCCAGUAAUCAUGACAGGAUGCCCGUUGCAAACUCCAGCAAGCCACCUCACAUGGACAGCAAAGGUUCUUUGCAGCCUUUGGGAAAAUCUUCUGAGCCUCGUGGCCUCUUGUUGCCUCCUGAGGGGUCAAUGGGGCCCCUGAAAGGAACACCUGAACUAUCUCAGACUUUAGCAGAGGAAGCAGAAGCUAAACAAAGGCUUCUCCCCAACGGACACUUACCAAGAUCACGUGACUCUUUUCACGAGUCUGGCCACUGAAAAUAUCACAAUGGACUGAGGAAAAUGCUGUGUGCAAAUUGAAUGGAACAUUAUAUAGCGAUCGACAGAAUUUCUUUGCACGGAACUGUCUAGGCUACUUCUACCUCAAGUUCUGAACGGAUGGCUUGUCAAAGGAAAAUGAAAACAUAGUGAGGUAUAGGAAGCAAGCUUACGUGGGGGAACAAAGGCUUGUCUAAAUGGUGCCCACUUGUACAUAAUAGUUUUUAAACUUAAUUGAGAAGUAUUUGUGGCUCACACAUUGGUUUGCAUAUAAAGCACAGAAAUGCAAAGGGUUAUUGUGUAAAGUGAACAGAAAAGUAUUUGAUAACAAAUAUGUACAUAAGAGUUUUCAUAUAUGUAAAUCUAUAUAUAUAUAUAUAUUAUAUAUAUAUAUAAAACUUCUAACAGAGGCUAUUUUAUUCCUUGGUGCAUGACUGAACUGAGUGAAAUUAUGCAAUGUUGACAGUUAUACAUCAUUUUCUUGCUAUAAGGUGGUUGCUAGGGUUUUGUUUUAACACACACACACACAGUAAGUAUUUUGGUGCCUUAGGUAGAAUGCCAAAAACAGGCCCAUAUUGUUUAAAUAGAAAUUACUGUACUCUUGACAUUUUCCUUUUAAUAGCAAAUCACACUCUCUCAGCCUCAGAGGAAGGCAGUGGCAAACACUCUUGAACAAAUCUUAACAAGAAAACUCCGAUAGGUUUGCCUUACCGUCAUCAUAAGUCAGAAAUGUCUUGAAGGCACACAACAGCAGCUAAAUUGUUGUUAGCUUCAUUUUCUCCUCAGAAAUGCUAUAUAUAGAGCACAAUCCUAACACAGUGGUUUCCAAACUUUGGUCUUUUGGACUUCAGCUCCCAGAAACCCCUGCCACCUUGCAUUUCCAUUUAAAUUAGAACCAUUCAUCGCACUAGGCAAUGAAGUUUGCCUCCCCUCAGAAUACCAUUACGUUGCUAUGUGUACUUCAGAAAGAAGCAAAAGAAAGGCUAUUAUUGAUUGGCAAGCUCUUCUUAAUUUGCUGAAACUUCUUCCUGUUUUUUAUGGCAUCUUAACACUCUAUGGAGAUUUUUAAAUUAUGUUGCUAAUACCUAGGUUACUUCCUCACACGAUAUUCCCCCAGAGAUGUUACUUUUCAUUCUCAGAGUCCAGAAUCUUAGUGAGUUUUCUGCUUGAAUUUUAAGAAACCUCUCUGAAAUAUGAAAAGUCUUUUGAUUCAUCUUCUUCUGAGCAAAUUGGGGGGGGGGGGUUAAUAAAAAGAUGAAA